AAAAGUUUCCCCAUUCAUGGCGUUUUAGCUUCGCGUCGUCUUCAAGCGCACUCUCUCCCUCUGGAGAAGGAUUUUAGGGCUUCCUUUUUCUCUCUAGAACGCCAUACUUUGGCGCCAUGGACAAGUACAAGAAAGUUGAGCAGAAGAGACCUGUGAUAGCUAGCAACGCGAAUGAGAUCAGAAUCACUUCGCAAGGCCUUCUUAGUAACUACAUCAGCAUCGCCACUACUCUUCUUCAGGAAAGACGGAGGAAUGAAAUUACGUUGAAAGGAAUGGGACAAGCAAUAAGCAAGACAGUAACGAUUGCAGAGAUUGUGAAGAGGUGCAUUCCUCAAUUGCAUCAAGAAACUGAAAUCAGUUCAGUAUUCAUAACUGACGUAUGGGAACCUAUUGAGGAGGGUCUUCUGGUUGUGGAGAUGACCCGACAUGUCUCAAUGAUAUCAAUCACUUUGUCGAUCAAGGAGCUGGACAAAACUUCACCAGGAUACCAAGCUCCUCUUCUUGUUGAGCGAAUUCGAAAGGCACUCAUGUAUAACAACUAUCAAAGACCCCAACAACCAAUUAGAUACAAUUCAGUAGUUGAAGGGUCGUAUGGUGGGUAUCAAGAAAACAGGGAUCCAGGUGAAGGUGGUGGGAGAGGGUGGCGUAGGGGUGGUGGAUGUGGUAACUAUCGAGGAUAUGGAAACUAUCCUGGAGGUCAAUAUCGAAACUAUCAGAAUAGGAACUAUCAAGGUGGAUAUGGAAGAGGAGGUGGUGGAAGAGGUCGGUGAAGGAUGAGUAAUGGAGCCAAUCAGCAACAAUUAACAAUAGAUAGGAAAAGAAGGAGGAGGUUAGAGUAAAUUCGUGUUAACUACCGGUUUCUUUAAAAUCGAAGCAUACGCAUAUUAUAGUAAAGGUUAGCACACUAUUUUACCUUUUGACAUUGUUUGUUAAGGGCAUUUUGAACAGUUUUUGUCGUGCAUUAGACAAGAACUAUUGGAUUAAUGUCAAUGUGACGCUUUUUUUCUUCAAUAUUAAUGAUAUGCAAAAAAGUACGUAGAGAAAGUAGCUAUA